AUGGUUCAUCAUGAGCCAGAUGAGGCGACUGCAGAUGAAACCAGCAUCUCAACACAGCCUCCCUCAUAUAAUCCAUCCCAAGCACCAACGGUGUACAAGGUCGGGUAUCCUCAGAAGAAGAACCUCGCCACAGAGUUUACCAACGCACUGAGGGAGACGUUCUUCCAUGACAACCCACUAAAGCAGUACAAGGACCAACCUGGGUCCACAAAGCUCAAGAUGGGAUUGCAGUUCUUGUUUCCAGUCUUUGAUUGGGGCAGGACCUACAACUUGAACAAGUUCAAAGGUGAUCUGAUUGCCGGAUUGACAAUUGCAAGUCUCUGCAUUCCUCAGGAUAUUGGCUAUUCAAAGCUCGCUUAUUUGGAUCCGCAGUAUGGGCUUUACUCCAGCUUCAUCCCUCCAUUGAUAUAUGCUGCAAUGGGUAGCUCAAGGGAUAUAGCAAUUGGGCCAGUUGCAGUGGUAUCCCUUUUACUAGGUUCACUUCUGCAAAAUGAGGUUGACCAUGAAAAUAAUAAGGAGGAAUACUUGCGUCUUGCUUUUACGGCCACCUUCUUUGCUGGUAUCACUCAAGCAGCCCUGGGAUUUCUGAGGCUAGGUUUCCUCAUUGACUUCUUGUCGCAUGCUGCAAUUGUUGGAUUCAUGGGGGGAGCAGCCAUCACUAUUGCUCUGCAGCAGCUCAAAUACGUGUUGGGUAUCAGGAACUUCACAAAGGAAACUGAUAUAGUUUCUGUCAUGGAGUCUGUUUGGGGUUCAGUUCAUCAUGGAUGGAACUGGCAGACAGUUGUUAUUGGCUUCGCAUUCCUUGCUUUUCUUCUGUUCACGAAGUACAUUGGAAAAAGGAAUAAGAAGUAUUUCUGGGUGCCAGCUAUUGCUCCUAUAACUUCGGUUAUUCUUGCUACCCUUUUUGUAUACCUUUUUCGUGCUGACAAGCAAGGUGUUCAGAUAGUAAACAAAAUAAAAAAGGGCGUCAACCCAUCAUCUGUGCACAAGAUUUAUUUCACUGGUCCAUUUGUCGCGAAAGGGUUCAAGAUCGGUGUUACUUGUGGCAUGAUCGGUUUAACAGAAGCCGUGGCCAUCGGAAGGACGUUUGCUACCAUGAAGGACUACCAGAUAGAUGGGAACAAAGAGAUGGUAGCACUUGGAACGAUGAACAUAGUAGGCUCAAUGACGUCCUGCUAUAUUGCAACAGGUUCUUUCUCUCGUUCGGCGGUCAAUUUCAUGGCGGGAUGCCGAACGCCAGUAUCUAAUGUGAUUAUGUCAAUGGUUGUGCUUCUUACCUUGUUGGUCAUCACACCACUGUUCAAGUACACCCCAAAUGCGAUCCUGGGUUCGAUCAUAAUUUCUGCUGUGAUCGGCCUUGUGGACUAUGAAGCAGUAAUUCUCAUUUGGAAAGUUGACAAAAUGGAUUUCAUCGCGUGCAUGGGAGCAUUCUUCGGUGUGGUUUUCAAAUCUGUCGAGAUAGGUCUCUUGAUUGCUGUGUCAAUCUCGUUUGCCAAAAUACUUGUCCAAGUAACAAGACCAAGGACUGCGCUGCUCGGAAACCUUCCAGGCACCACAAUUUACAGGAACACCGAGCAGUAUCCACAUGCAAGGCAUGUUCCUGGGGUGGUAAUAGUGAGGGUUGAUUCUGCUAUUUAUUUCUCCAACUCCAAUUAUGUCCGAGAGAGAAUUCUUAGGUGGUUGACAGACGAAGAAGACAAAGUCAACGCAGAUGGACUGCCUAAAAUCAAUUUCUUGGUAGUAGAGAUGUCACCUGUUAUAGAUAUUGAUACGAGUGGUAUCCAUGCCCUUGAAGAUCUGUACAAGAAUCUUCAGAAGAGAGGCAUUCAGCUUCUCUUAUCAAACCCUGGCUCUGCCGUGAUUGAAAAGCUCCACUCAUCCAAACUCACCGAGCACAUCGGAAACAAUCAUAUCUUCCUCACAGUUGCAGACGCCGUGCGUUUCUGCACUUCCAAGUCGAUGCAAGAGCCUUGA